GCCCACCAAACUCGCUGCGCUCCGAUCACUGCUGCAACUUUUGCAGAGACUCCUCACUCCACAGACAUGUCGCACAAUAGCUGAAGUAAACCUGUCAUCGCGGCUCUCCAUUCGGGCCAAAUUACGCCGCAGGUGAGGAUCUACGGACGCGCAGCCCGGUCGCUCCUUGGCCGCUUUCCUCGCAUCGGACCCCGGCUUUUUUUUUCUUUCUUUCUUUCUUUUUUUUUCUUUAAACCGGCCUGGAUAUGAAUUAUGAGCAUUUUCUCCACUAAUGAACCGGGCCAGUGAUGCAGGAGACCGCGGCGACCCUCUCAUCAGUGUUUCAAGAUGGCAGAUUUUUAUUGAGUUCUGAUCAGAAAGCUCGCUUUAUUCUUUGCCAUGAAUAACAGGAAUCCUUGCACCGAUGGCCCCUGUAUACGAAGGUAUGGCCUCGCAAGUGCAAGUGUUCUCCCCUCACACUCUCCAGUCAAGUGCCUUCUUUAGCGUAAAGAAACUGAAGGUGGAGCAGAGCUGUAACUGGGAUAUGACAGGGUACGGCACGCAUAGCAAAGUCUACAACAGCAGCAAGAACGUGUCGGCCACUGGUGGCGCUCCUCUAGGCCUCAGCGGCUCCGCCCUGCCCUACGAGCAGACCCUGAUCUUCCCGGCCAGCGCUGGCCACAUCGUGGUCGCCUCGGCCAGCAGCACCUCGGGGGCCGUCGGCUCUCUGCUGGGCAGCAGCGGUGGAGACAGCGGCGGUGGUAGCGGCGGCGGCGGAGUCCACAACCUGACGCGGCGCAGCACGGUGAGCCUCCUGGACACCUACCAGCGAUGCGGGCUUAAGCGCAAGAGUGAAGAGCUCGACAACAACAGCAGCGUGCAGAUCAUUGAGGAGCACGGCCCAUCCAUGAUCCAGAACGGCGGAACCAGCGGAGCCACAGCGGCCACCGCCACCUCCACGGCGACAUCCAAGAACAGCGGCUCCAACAACGAGGGCGACUACCAGCUGGUGCAGCACGAGGUGCUCUGCUCCAUGACCAACACCUACGAAGUCUUGGAGUUCCUGGGGAGGGGAACCUUUGGCCAGGUGGUCAAGUGUUGGAAGAGGGGAACCAAUGAGAUAGUGGCCAUCAAGAUCCUAAAAAACCACCCAUCGUACGCGCGGCAGGGUCAGAUCGAGGUCAGCAUUCUGGCGCGCCUCAGCACAGAGAGCGCAGACGACUACAACUUUGUGAGAGCCUACGAGUGCUUCCAGCACAAGAACCACACGUGCCUGGUGUUUGAGAUGUUGGAGCAGAACCUGUAUGACUUCCUCAAGCAGAACAAGUUCAGCCCGCUGCCGCUCAAGUACAUCAGACCGGUGCUCCAGCAGGUCGCCACGGCGCUGAUGAAGCUGAAGAGCCUGGGGCUGAUCCACGCCGACCUGAAGCCGGAGAACAUCAUGCUGGUGGAUCCUUCGCGUCAGCCCUACAGGGUCAAAGUCAUUGACUUUGGUUCAGCCAGCCACGUGUCCAAAGCAGUGUGCUCCACCUACCUGCAGAGCAGAUACUACAGGGCUCCAGAGAUCAUCCUGGGCCUGCCGUUCUGUGAGGCCAUAGACAUGUGGUCGCUGGGUUGUGUAAUAGCUGAGCUGUUUCUGGGAUGGCCUCUCUACCCCGGAGCCUCCGAGUAUGACCAGAUUCGGUACAUCUCACAGACACAGGGUCUUCCGGCAGAGUAUCUGUUGAGUGCAGGGACGAAGACCACCAGGUUCUUCAACAGAGAUCCAGAUUCCACCUAUCCCCUCUGGAGACUGAAGACUCCGGAAGACCACGAGGCUGAGACGGGGAUCAAGUCCAAGGAGGCUCGCAAGUAUAUCUUCAACUGCUUGGAUGAUAUGGCACAGGUGAACAUGACAUCAGACCUGGAAGGGAGCGACAUGCUGGCGGAAAAGGCAGACCGGAGGGAGUUCAUCGACCUGUUGACCAAGAUGCUGACUAUCGACGCUGACAAGAGGAUCACCCCCAUCGAAACGCUCAACCACCCCUUCGUUACCAUGUCGCAUCUCCUCGAUUACCCUCACAGCACCCACGUAAAGUCAUGCUUCCAAAACAUGGAGAUCUGCAAGCGUCGCGUCAACAUGUACGACACAGUCAACCAGAGCAAAACGCCCUUCAUCACCCAUGUGGCCCCCAGUACCUCCACCAACCUCACCAUGACCUUCAACAACCAGCUGAACACUGUGCACAGCCAGGCCACCAACCUGGCUCCCUCCUCCACCAACAAUGCCACCCUUUCCUUUGCCAGUCCUGACGUCUCCAUACUAAACUACCAAUCUGCACUCUACCAGCCCUCUGCCGCCUCCAUGGCGGCUGUGGCCCAGAGGAGCAUGCCGCUGCAGCCGGGGGCGCCGCAGCUCUGCGCCGCUCGGCCCGACCCCUUCCAGCAGGCGCUCAUCGUCUGCCCGCCGGGAUUCCAAGGUUUGCAGGCAUCCCCUUCCAAGCACACCAGUUACUCUGUGAGGAUGGAGAACGCGGUUCCCAUAGUGACGCAGGCUCCCGGUGCCCAACCUCUGCAGAUCCAACCUGGCCUCCUCACACAGCAGGCCUGGCCCAGCGGUACCCAGCAGAUCCUGCUGCCUCCAGCGUGGCAGCAGCUCACCCACACCUCCGUCCAGCAUGCCACCGUCAUCCCAGACUCCAUGGGCAGCACACAGACUCUCGCCAACUGGAGGAAUUCCCAUCCUCAUGGGAGCCAUUAUAAUCCCAUCAUGCAGCAGCCAGCCUUGCUGACUGGUCAUGUCACACUCCCAUCAAACCAGACUCUCAAUGUGGGCGUGGCUCAUGUCAUGAGGCAGUCAUCCAUCAAUAACAACUCCUCUUCCAAAAAGACCAAACAGCACCAGAUGUCGACCAGGAACGUGUCGACCUAUGAGGUGUCAUCCUCCCAGAUGGUGGUGUCGCCGCAGCGAUCCAAGCGGGUGAAGGAGAACACGCCCCCUCGCUGCGCCGUGCUACAGAACGGGUCGGCGGCCCACUGCCCACCGGCGCAGGGCUGCGCCGGAGGAGGGUGGGGCGCCAACGAAGCAGAACAGGCUUCAAGCACCACCCGCGACCAUCAGCACCAGCACCAUGUCCCCAGACAGACCAUCAUCAUCCCCGACACGCCCAGCCCCGCCGUCAGCAUCAUCACCAUCAGCAGCGACUCAGAGGACGACGACCAGAAGCAGAACAACGGCUCAUCUUCCAAGCACAGAAAGAACGUCAUCAGCUGUGUGACGGUCCAUGAUUCCCCCGAGUCAGACUGCUCCAGUCACAACAGCCCCUACAGCCUGGAGUCAAGACCCCACAACCACAACAUCAACAACAGCUACGACACGAAAACCACCAUCCUGGACAACUACAACAAUGGGAACCCUCGCACAAUCAUCAUCCCUCCGCUGAAGACGCAGAACACUGAGGUGCCCAGCGAAUGUGAGCGGCUGAUGCCAGAUGGACUGAAUCAUCAGAAUAUAGCUUACAAGUUUAAAUCCUCCAAUGGAGUGACAGCGGGCAAUAAUCACAUACCAGGAGGCAUGGCCGGGGGCGUGGCCUAUCGACAGCAGCGCUCAGGACCACACCCACUUCAGCAGCAGCCACUCAAUCUCAGCCAGGCUCAGCAGCACAUGGUGGCUGAGCGAAAUGCAGGACACCGCCGGCAGCAGGCCUACAUCACCCCCAACAUCGCCGCUCAGGCCCCGUAUUCCUUCCAUCACAACAGCCCCUCCCACACGGGCGGCGUCCACCCGCACCUGGCCGCCACCCACCUGCCCAGCCAGCCCCACCUGUACACCUACACGGCCCCCGCCGCCCUGGGCUCCACCGGCACCGUGGCCCACCUGGUGGCGUCGCAGGGCUCGGCGCGCCACGCCGUCCAGCACGGGAGCUACCCCCCCAGCAUCGUCCACCAGGUCCCGGUCAGCGUGAGCCACCGCGUACUGCCGUCUCCCACAAUGCACCACAGCCAGUACCAGGCCCAGUUCGCCCACCAGGCCUACAUCAGCGCCUCACCCGCCUCCACUGUCUACACUGGAUACCCACUGAGUCCCACCAAGGUCAACCAGUAUCCUUACCUCUAGAGAUGAGCCGGACUGACACUGAAGGGGCCCGACCCCCGACCCAGCGAUGCUGCUUCCCGCACUGCAAAAACACAAAACCUCACCAAGAAUAUUUAGUCUAGUUUCUGGUGCAAAUAUAUAGUACUGUUGAAAUAAUACAAAACUUACAAGUAACUUUUCAGCAUGAAAUAGGAGCUUGUUCAGUAAUUAAUUAAUAUUAUUGAUGUGAAAUUAUUGUAGGUAGAAUCUCCAAGUACUCAAGUAAGAAUAGCAACACUUCAACAAAUUUUUAUUCAAAUAAAAGUAAAAAGUAGUUGAGAAAUUACUCAAAUAAGAGUAGAAGAGUAUUUGGUAAUUGGUGAUAAAGCUACAUCAGUCAUUUAAUAUUUCAAAAUUACAUCAUCAGGCCAACAAAGUUAUGUGGAAUUGUAGGUAUUUUAAAGACCAAAAUAAAAAUAAUUCAUAUAACUAAUUAUAACAAAGUAACAAAAACAGGAAAAAGACACAUUUUUCCAAAUCAGUUCCUUUCAGUAAAUUUCAUAACUUAUGACCUUUUAACAAAAACUGCCAAUAUUUGUCUGGUGAAUUAUUAGUUGUUCUUGAUUCAGUGAAGUUACUCACACUGGGUUGGGUAUCCAGAAAUUUUACUCAAGUAAGAGUAAAAUUUACAAAAAGUAAAUGUUACUAGUUAUUACCCAACUCUGGUUAAUAUUGAUGAAAAUGAAGCUAUAAUUGAAAUAGUCUGCCAUUGGAACAAGACACUUUUCCUGUAUUAUAUUAUAAAUUAUAAUAUGAUAAAAGUAUUUUUUUCACUGUCAGAUUAUUUCACUUAUAACUAGUACUUUUUAUAUAAAUUAAGCUCCCAUACCUUGCUGAAAAGUUAGUUUUGUCUUAUUUCAGGUCUACUAAGAAAUUUGCACCAUUAACUGGAUCAUAAAUCUUGGUGAGAUUUUGUGUUUUUGCAGUGUUCAUCCUCCAUCCCAUCCUCUCCUCGACCUCAGACAUGAACAGAGACAGAGGAACAUGCAACCCUCAUGAAGCUGUCAUGUGUAACUUGAAGAAGGAAUGACUGAACAGAAGGAAACGUGACUCAGAUCCUCUGGAGAAGAGAAAAAUGAUGCCGACUGUUUUUCUUCUUUUGACUAUUUUCCCCCCAGAAAAGGGCCAGUUCUGCUUUUGUUUCCCCUCCCUUUGCUUUCCUUUACAAAAGAAGCAAUGUCUCAUUAGUUUUGUGGGGGAAGUUUUGAGGACAGCGGACAUUUUAAGAUUUAUUUAAUUUCUUUCCCCGCUCUACUCUCCCGUCCCCCGCCUAAAUAUGUUUGGGACUGUUGAACAGGGGGGCGAUAUUGACUGGAAGUUUGAAUUCCCAAAAGCUUUGGGACUUGGUGAAAUACGGAAACCUGCUGCUCUUCAAAGAUAAAAAAAAUACUGAUGGCCUUGAACUGUCUUAGUAUUUCCAAAUCAGCGGAGGCGUGGGGUGAAAACGAAGAGAGGAAACCCCGCCCACUCCUCCUCCUCCAGCAGAGGAGGGAACUGGAAAUCUAACCAACAGAAGACAACAAAUCUUUUAGUGUAUUUAUAGAUAUUUUUUCCUUUGUUUUUUUCCACCUUCAGUUUGAUCUAGGUGUCUUAGCUGGGCCCCGUGUAUAGAAUGUAGCAGUAUGCACCUGUUUUUAUUUCUUUUUUUAAUUCCCUUGAUACCAAUAGAGUUAUUUGUUAUUUUUUCUUCUUCAAUGUGAUUGCACAAAGUGGUUAUAAUAACAUAGGCAUGUACAACGUGAUUGUCUGUGUGCUACUGUCAGCCAUGCGUGUGUAGCUCAUCUCCACAGGAUCCUCCUCAAGUCUUUAGAUGUCGAUCGUCGUUCCCUCGUAGUGCCUUACAGAUUUACCGACACAGUUUACUCGGCUCGGGUCCCGAAAGCCGCGAGAGACUACGGCUAAACUUAGCGUGACGCGUUUUCCCCGGUUUCACAUCUUAAUUGGGACACUUGUAGGUUUCUUCCAGGUGUAGGCUCAGCCCUCGCUGUUUCACAACCAUAGCGUCCCGCAGAUGAUGAAGAUUAAUGUCAAAGCAGAAAUCACGCUGAGCUGUUUUUUUUUUUAUUGUUAUUAUUCUGUGUGCAUGAGAUCAUUUGUCUGGGGUACUUACCAAAGUCAGAGAUAAAGUCAUGUUACACUUCGUUCUGGAAAUUCAUGUAAAUAUAAUAGAUAGAUGUAGAGUGAAGCUGUAGCUGUUUUCCUCGUUUUCUGCUAAUCACAGGAGAAAACGUGCAUCUCGAUUCGGAAGCACAGACGUUAGCUCAGUUGUUUUGAGGUUACAGGAUAAAGUUUGAGACACAAUAGAGUUUUUGGUGCAUCUCAUGAAUUACAUUAUGACAAACUGUUCAUAAAAACCUGAAAAAAAUUAUAUUUCAGUACUUUCUUUUUGUUAAUUUUAAUGAUUAUGGCUUGCAGCAAACGAAACCCAAAAUUGAAUCUUUUAAAAAACUAGAAGGUACCAAAAAAUCAGACUUUUAAGAAAGAAACUUUAUACAUAAUUAUGGAGAAGACUGCUAUGAAUACUCACAACAAAAAGGGUAAAAUAUAGCACAGAAAUUUUGCUGUUCCAAGCUUAUUCAUAGAAAACUCAGUGGAAGGGAAAAGUAUGGCUAAUCUAGCAGAGUAAUACAGCAAUCAUUAAAACAGAUAUUUGUAGUGUAGCCAUGUACAGUACAUGUCCUGUCAGAAAAUAAAACUAGACUAUAAAAAGCUAAAAUGUGUAUUCUAUUUUCCUCCAGACUCUGGGAUGUUGAUUUUCAAAUAAAUCUCAAAUUUGCUUUAAAAAAAUUAUCUGAAAAGAUUAUGUUUUUAACCGGUCUUUUUCCUUCCACUCAACUUUCCACCAAUAUUCUUAUUGGCUGACUCUGUCAACGAGUCAGCCAUCUUUCCUUUGAUUUUGUGAGUUUCUAUUAGUCAUAAUCAUUACACUUUAGAGAAAUAAAUCACUAUUUUCUUCAACAAAUGCUAAUUUCUUGAGAUGCACCUGUAUUUUUCAAGGUUAAGAGCUAGUCUGAGAGAAGGGCCUGACAGAAAGUGAUUGUUGCCAUGAGGUAGUUCAACAGACAGAGCACAGAGGGAUGUUUGGAAGAGAAAUCGAGCGGGGUGAAGGAAAGGCGCUGGUUGGAAGCGUAGGAACGGGGGGAACUCUCCAUCUUAAAAGGGACUUAAAAUGGUUGCAAGUUGGCAAUGAGCAGGUUGAUAGUUACACUGAGCCGCGGCGGGUGCUGCCUCACCUGGCGGCGGGCGCUGCCUCACCUGGUGGUGGCGCUCCUGAGUAUCUGACAUAUUGUUUGUGAGCUCUGAUGAAGCGAGCACGGUGUUGGCGCCGGCACUGCAGGGAGAGAGCGGACGGGAAAUGGGACGCGCAUGCACCUGGAAGGGGCGCCUUAUGGAUGUUUUCGUCACUGCUGUCCAUUUGUCUUCAAUCCACGGAUAUCGCCAUGCCAACGGGGCGGGAAUGCCUGAACACUUAGAGAACCAAUAGGGCUGCCGCUUUGUGUGUUUGCUGCUUGAUUUUAUUUAGCCAAUAGUACAAAUAACCAUUUGCCCUAUUGAAUGAACAUGGGCACAUCAGAACUGCUGGUGGUCUAGUCAAAGCCUUCUGCCCUCCUCCUUGGUAUGCCAUAGUACUUGCAUUUGAAGUGAUUUUUUUUUCUCUUUUUAACUUAUCUUCCUUUUCUUUUACAUGGCUGUAGUACUUGUGUUUAUUUUUUAGAGAUUGUUGCAAUAAUUCUUGUGGACGUUUUAUCAAAAUACGUGUGUGUGUUUUUAUGAUAUGUCGGGCUUAUUUGGGUUUUGUAACCUGGUGUACAGUGAUGUUUCGUACCGGGUUAUGGUGGGUGCACCUGUCUAAAGUGUUGCAACACUGCUGAGGGUAGAGAAGUGUGUAGGCUAAUGGUAAUCCACUGGGGCGCUUUCAGAAACCUGCUUUCGGGUAAUCCAUUACCAUUGGGUCCCAAUUGUAAUCCAUUGGGUAAUCCGCCCUCUGGAGUCGGCUUUCAUCCUGGUACUUUCCGCUCCCCGUUAACGCCUCGGGUCCAGGUACUUGAAGAUGUGAUUACAUGGUAUGUUGCUGGUUACAUCAGGCAUCUCUGUUGUGUUGUUUUCUGUUUCAUCUCCUUCGUUUCCUCUGGGUCGUUCAGGACUGAGCACACGUGCAUAACUUGGAGGAUUUCUGAAUCAAACUACUGAAACAUUCCACUGUUUUUGAGGGAAUAUCACAACUACUGUCCACACCCGUCAGCAUGGAGGCACCAAAGACUUUAACGAGAUCGACCAUGCACAGCACAGAACAAGCAAUCCUCCUCGUCAUUGCCAGAAUAUCCAGGCAAUAACUUCAAACGCUUCAUAAAGUGUGGAUUUCACUCUAUGAAACGCAUGUUUGUGAGGAUUUAACAUGCAUACAGCACAGGUGUUUCUUUGUGGACUUUUAGCUACGACGCCAUGAUAAAGUAAUUACCCCCUUGUAGAUAUCUUUUUUUUUCUCCACACACUAAAAUAUUUUAAAAGAUAACAUUGUUAAGAGAGACUUCAGUGCGUAGGAAGUGGGAGGGGGCUAAUGGUCGAAAGUCAGUAAGAAAGUCGCUAGAUUUGAUGCUAGUCGCGUUUUGAAAAAAAGUUGCUGGAGGCAUCUGAAAAGUUGUAAAUAUAGCGACAAAGUUGAUAAGGUAGCAACAGACCUUCUUCUGUCGAGACCACACCCCUCCACUCAUACCCACUCUUGGCCACGCCCCCCACCGUACCUUAGCUCUGCCUGCUUUGGUGGAAUUUUUCCAAAAUCGUCACGGGUCGGGGCUAAGCUUUCACAGAGGAGGUAGUUGCAUUUAAACAGAACUUUCAUGCACAAAUAUCCUUCAAUUUGGCUCAAAUAAUUUCAUUUUCCCUUAAUAAAUGAUGUUUCAAAUCAUCUUUUGAAAACUUCUGUUUGUAUUUACUCAGGUUAUCUUUGAUAAUAAGAUAUUUCUGAUAAUCUGAAACAUUAAAAAACAAAAACAGAAUAAAAGGGGUAAAUACUUUUUCACAGCGCCGUAUCAAAACAUCUAUUUUCUGUUUUUAUUUUGAAUUCUUCCACACAUUUACCUGUUUAAACGAAGCCAGAAAUGAAUGAUCAUGCCUUUUCUCUCGUUGUUUUCUGUUUUUAAUGUGUUAGCUUUAUUGUUGUUGUAGGAAAGCUAAUUUUAAAAGGUUUCAGAGUAGACCUGCAAAAAUGAAUAACCCAAAAUGUAUGAAGCAUACUUUUAAAGGUCAUGGUCAUCUGCACAAAACGAAUGUAACAUUAUGUGACCCAACCACAUCUGUCAUGGCUUUAGAUUUCUCAGUGGGUGAUUAUUUUAUUAAUUUGUGACCCAUGCAUGGCACAAUAACUAUACAACUGGUUUCCAUCAAAGCCCCACUAAAAACCAACAAUGUAAUGUUGCCUAUUAUCAUAAUUAGGAUAUAUAAAUGGUCUUAUUUUUCCAGAAUGAAACAACACUGUGGAACUCGAUUUGUAUGAUAUGUUUGUCUGUUUCACAUAACCAACAUUUUAUGGAUUACUGAGGAAAAAGAGGGUCAGAAAAGUGAGCAUCAUCGUAGAUAGAGUGCCCUUAAAAUUACCAAAAUGUGCUUAAGUAGCGUUUAAAAAUGUUCGGUGUUGCUGAGGUGUGUACAGCCUUCCCAGAUAGCAACUUUAAUGUUAACUACUGCCUUCCAAAUAACCAACGAUACCUCCAAAGCUUUAAAAGGUGACAUUUUAAUUAGUGGAAACUGAAACAAGGCAGCGUGUCCAUCUCUCUGUCGUCCUCCUGUCGAAAAGCGCUCAAACUUCCAGUCCUGCUUACGGCGUUACUCAUCCCGACAAACAUUCCCGACAGUGAUACUUGCAGCGCUGCAGCAGUCGUUCUGAAACGACUCGCAGCUCGUUAAAAACACACCUGCAACACCUGCGCUGUAGAAAUACCUGGCUGGAGCUGCAGCUGCUUCCCAAAGGUCAAAGGAGAUGAAGGCAGGUGUGCAGGUAGAUACGUUAUGUCACAGAGAAAUGCAUAAUGUAGUUACACAAACAUUUUCCAAACCCCUUUGGAUACAUGUUGUUAUUAUUAUUAUUAUUAUUAUUAUUAUUAUUAUUUAACCAUUUUGUUAAUUGGAUCUAUUCCUUUCGCUGAUUAUUCCUCGGGGGAAUUCAGGGUUGGGUGGUCAUGGUUUGAUGCCUUCAUUGACUGAUUCAAAUUAAAGUUUUCAACACCUCCAGUUAUAAUUGUUGUGUAUAAAACCUGCUAAAGAGAAAUAACUGCUUACUUGAAGUAACGUAGGUCCUGAUUUUAUAACAGAAUUAUUGUACAUACCAUCUAUUGUUUUUUAUGAGGAAUCAUGUAACUUGAAUGUGCUAGAGUUAGAUUUGAAAAGUUUUUUUUGUUUGUUUUAAUUUCUUUGGGAAAAUAUUCAACUUACAUCAGAAAUCAGAGCGGUACCGAAUUUAAUUUUGUUUUCUGGGGACUACUACACUUAAAAAAAUUUAAAAAUAUGUUUCAGAUUCUUUGGUAGAAGUAGAGAUGAUUUGAUUCUAACAGAAAAUGUAAUUUAAUAUAUAAGAUUUUUCUUAUCUAUGCAUAAAACUUGUGCUUGUAAUCUUUAUCAGAUGUUUUUUUAUUCUAAAAAAAAGUUAGGAAAAUACCUGCUGUUGUGUCUGUGGACUGAAAGUAAUGAAAGUUCUUAGUUUUGAUGCGUUUAAUAAUUUUUUUGUGUGAAGGAAGAAAUUGGCCGAUUCAAAUAUUCCCUAGAAACUAUGAAUGGUAAAUAAUAAGUUAACAUUUAAAGGACCGAGAAUAAGAGCGCAUCAAACCCUGACCCCCUUUUUUGCGUCUAUUGCUGUAUGGUUUCUCAAUGUUGUGAUAUUUAAUUCUUUGUCAAUGAAGCUAAUGUGUGCUGCAGUAUUUCCUAGUAUACAUCUCUGUUGAUGGUCUUUUCUUAAUUAGUUUUAUCGGGGAGUGAUGUCUCUUUAUUUCAAUUUGUUAUUGUAGCGUUUUAUGUAUACCCUGUUCCUUAGCCUAAUAUUAUCAAGUAUGUUAUGAGAAUGGAUAUUUUACUGGCUUUAUAGAAUGUUUUAAAAUAAAUAUAAUAUUGACAAUAAGAAAAAGAGGAUUAUUUAAACCUCCUAACACGUUGACUACAUGCUACUAAGCGCUUGUGUUUUUCCAUUAGGAUAUUGUGUGCUUCUCUUAAUCAUUUUCGUUGUAGAAAAAAUGAGUGAAUUUAUAUUAGGCUUUGAAAAACUAAUGACACAAUUGUAAAUUUUACAGGAGGACUUUUAUUAGACAAACAGCAUCAUCAGAUAGAAGAGAAUAGUAAUUUUAAUUGUCCUCCUUACUAACUGUAGGAUGAGAAGGGGCUCGCGUUGUGGUGAACUAUGUUCUAGCUUGUUAUUCACUGUUACUUUUGAUCAUUUUUUGGGUCUCAGAGGUGAAUCGAGUUAAUGAGAAUUUGUAAGCUCACAUAUGCAUAUUGUAUAUGUGUAGAAAUGUAAUCACACUUUGUCUUGGAUUUACAUUAAACUGUCAAGUCACGGCAA